UCCUCCCCAACCUUCCCAGCAAUAUGCAUCUUGCACGUCUGGUCAGCUCCUGCUCCCUCCUUCUGCUAUUGGGGGCCCUGCCUGGAUGGACAGCCAACGAUGACCCCAUUGAGAAGGUCAUUGAAGGGAUCAACAGAGGGCUGAGCAAUGCAGAGAGAGAGGUGGGCAAGGCCCUGGAUGGCAUCAACAGUGGAAUCACGCAUGCCGGAAGGGAAGUGGAGAAGGUUUUCAACGGACUUAGCAAUAUGGGGAGCCACACCGGCAAGGAGUUGGACAAAGGCGCCCAGGGGCUCAACCACGGCAUGGACAAGGUAGCCCAUGAGAUCAACCAUGGUAUUGGACAAGCAGGAAAGGAAGCAGAGAAGUUUGGCCAUGGGGUCAACAAUGCUGCUGGACAGGUUGGGAAGGAGGCAGACAAACUGAUCCAUCACGGGGCCAACCAGGCGGGAAGUGAGGCAGGGAGGUUUGGCCAGGGAGUCCACCAUGCUGCAGGGCAGGCCGGAAAUGAGGCUGGGAGGUUUGGCCAGGGGGCCCACCAUGGUCUCAGUGAGGGCUGGAAGGAGACAGAGAAGUUUGGCCAGGGGAUCCACCAUGCUGCCGGUCAGGCUGGGAAGGAGGCAGAGAAGUUUGGCCAGGGGGUCCACCAUGCUGCGGGGCAGGCCGGAAAUGAGGCAGGGAGAUUUGGCCAGGGCAUCCACCAUGCUGCGGGGCAGGCCGGAAAUGAGGCAGGGAGAUUUGGCCAGGGCAUCCACCAUGCUGCGGGGCAGGCCGGAAAUGAGGCAGGGAGAUUUGGCCAGGGCAUCCACCAUGCUGCCGAUCAGGCUGGGAAGGAGGCAGAGAAGUUUGGCCAAGGGGUCCACCAUGCUGCCGGUCAGGCUGGGAAGGAGGCAGAGAAGUUUGGCCAGGGGGUCCACCAUGCUGCCGGUCAGGCUGGGGAGGAGGCAGAGAAGUUUGGCCAGGGGGUCCACCAUGCUGCCGGUCAGGCUGGGAAGGAGGCAGAGAAGUUUGGCCAGGGGGUCCACCAUGCUGCCGGUCAGGCUGGGAAGGAGACAGAGAAGUUUGGCCAGGGGGUCCACCAUGCUGCCGGGCAGGCUGGGAAGGAGGCAGAGAAGCUCGGCCAUGGGGUCCACCAUGGGGUUAAUGAGGCCUGGAAGGAAGCAGAGAAAUUUGGCCAGGGAGUCCACCAUGCUGCCUCGCAGGUGGGGAAGGAGGGAGACAGAGUGGUCCAAGGCCUCCAUCAUGGCGUUAGUCAGGCUGAAAGGGAGGCGGGGCAGUUUGGCCACGACAUUCACUACACAGCAGGGCAGGCUGGGAAAGAGAGAGACAUGGCAGUUCAUGGUGUCCAACCUGGGGUCCACGAGGCCGGGAAGGAGGCAGGGCAGUUUGGCCAGGGAGUUCACCAUACCCUUGAACAGGCCGGAAAGGAAGCAGACAAAGCGGUCCAAGGGUUCCACACUGGGGUCCACCAGGCUGGGAAGGAAGCAGAGAAACUUGGCCAAGGGGUCAACCAUGCUGCUGACCAGGCUGGAAAGGAAGUGGAGAAGCUUGGCCAAGGUGCCCACCAUGCUGCUGGCCAGGCCGGGAAGGAGCCACAGAAUGCUCAUAAUGGGGUCAACCAAGCCAGCAAGGAGGCCAACCAGCUGCUGAAUGGCAACCAUCAAGGCGGAUCUUCCGGCCAUCAAGGAGGGGCCACAACCACGCCGUUAGCCUCUGGGGCCUCGGUCAACACGCCUUUCAUCAACCUUCCCGCCCUGUGCAGGAGUGUCGCCAACAUCAUGCCCUAAACUGGCACCCGGCCUUGCUGGGAGACUAAUGUCGCCAUUGUCACAUCAGCUGACAUGACGUAGAGGGGUUGGGGGUGGGGGACAGGUUUCUGGAGUCCCUGAAGGGGGUUGUACUGGGAUUUGUGAAUAAACUCGAUACACUA